UUUUGCGAUCCAUUCCCUGUUUCGGAUUCGGGUCCAUUAAAAGCGCUUUUGUAAGCGUUCCUCGGCCGGUCAGUAAAGCUUCUUCGAUUAAUCGUCGAUCGAUCGUUCCCCUGUUUGCUCGUCUGCUAGGGUUUUGGUUAAUCCUCCUCCAAGAAUCCACUUAACAGAGCUAAACAUAUGGCAUCAGAUGACUACGAGGUGGACCAUGAAAUUUUUACGCUGCUAAAUGAACCUGAUGAAUCUCGGGAGAAUUCAUUUGAGCUCAAUGAUGAUUUUACCUUUAAGCUACCCAAGAUGAUCCAAUCGGAUGAGAAGAAUGCUGUGCUCACACCAGAAGAGGUAGCAUGGGUGGAUUCCUGCUUUGCAUUUGGUCCAGAACUAUCUGACGAUAAGUGGACCGCAAUGAAAGAUGCCUUCCUUGAUGCUCUCGACAUGUACCCUACCCCAUCUGGUGCGAUGGAGAACGACGAUGACUGGGUUUUUGUUGAAGCAAGCAAUGUAACAGAACUUGACAAUGCCAUGAAUCAUGACUCACCUGAGCUGCUAAAGGAACCUGCCAUCUUGACCCGUCAAGAAGACACGAACCCAUGCGAUAGUAUCAUCAGAGUGUGUGAUGGUCUUGCCAUAGAGCAUGGGCUAUCCGGUGAGACAGAAAUAUCUGCUGAGCAUGUUUCACUCGCUGGAGUAGCUACUGAAUCCCGUGCAGAUUUAUUCAAGGUUUGGGACCUUGAAACUUUGGUUGAAGAAGAUGAGGAAGAUGAACUUAUAGCAAAAAUAAACAAGCUUUUCCAAAGCAGAAGUCAGUCACAAUUACUGAUGAAGCACAGCUCGCUUCCCAGCGUGCAAAAUGUCGAUGAACUUGUCGCAGGUUUGACCGACAUGUCUCUGACACCUCUCGAGAAGAAAGUGCCGAUAGCCAUUUUUAGCUGUUACAAUGUCUACAAAAGUAGGCAAGACAUUCGGGUUUAGUCCUAGUUAUCCAAGCAACUCAUCUAUCUCUAUGUUGAUUGUUACCUUCGAUCAAGUCAGUCAUCUCUGUUGAGUUUGACUCAAAAUAACUAA